CUCGUCCCCAUCCCCAUCCCCAUCCCCAUCCAGCCUCGCUGGUGCCUGCCCUCCGAGUCUGCUCGAGCGUCUUUCUUGCAUCGGCACAGCUGCGACUGCCUGUCGGCCGCCAGAACCGUUGCUUCAAUCUCCCUUCCCUGCUCCAGUGGCUUUGGCACCCGUCACCCGCCCUGCCGCCUGAACCAUUCCUGCGCUGCCGCCAUGACCGACGCCAACACCAACUUGACAGCCAGCUCGACCCUGGUCGACCCGAUUUAUUACAAUGGAACGACCGACCCAGAAACACUCUACAAAUACCAGCCCGCUAACAAGUGCCUCUAUCUGAGCCAGCAUGUCGUCUUCUUUCACGGGUUUUGUGAAGAGAUGAACAAUCUCCCGAUCCACUCCAGCGUCGCCGAGCAGCUGUUCCAGGUCCCUGCUGGAAGCAUCAAUUCGCUCUCAGACUUCCUCGGCAGCUUUGUGUUCUUCGACGACCCAAACCCCGCAUCAUCGAGUUAUAAACAGAGCGCCUGGAAUAAUGCCACCAACGGCGUGAUGUACCAGGUCUUGCAGUCAAUCUGUCCGAUUCAAAAGCAUCCGUAUACUUAUGAUUCGGUCCUCUUUGCCUCCAACGUACGAUACUUCCGCGAGGCAAUGUGUCGCUACAUGGUGCGGGCAACACACAACAGCGGGCUCUGCACGCUCCCUCCAGACCCGUCCGGUGAUCCAUACGUCAACUGCGCCAAAACAACUGCGGCGUUCUUCUAUACGUCUCUCACCUACAGCAUCAACACUAUGGCUCCCCAGUGCGGAGCAUCCGACAUUACCAGCCUAAACAACAACUCCCUCACCCAGAUUGCCACUAAUAUGUCGGACCCCGGACUGUUUGCUAUUGGAUUCGAUAACUGCACGGGAUCGCAGUACUCGACCUAUUGGGCGAGUGGCCAGGUCUAUCCGGACACAUGUGGCUUCAUCAACUAUUAUGCGCCAAACUCAGCGGGAACUGGAUCAGUCAUUUUCAACUACAAAAACAAAUACUCGGGCGAUCUCAACAAAGCCGAAGAUCUCUGCUCCGGAAAGAUCAACAUCAAUGAGCGUAGCUCGUGCUGCGACGCCAUCUCAGCCUGGAACCAGGCGAUACAAAACACUUAUGCCAAAGGCAACAGCACUCAGAACACCGAGAUUGUCAGCGCCAUUAUCGUGCCGUCGGCCGUGGCCGUCGUAGUGCUGGCGCUGCUCGCCAUCGCUCUGUAUGUCGGAUACAAUGCAUUUUGGAGGCGGAUCGAGCAAGUCAACAGCCAGAAGCAGCAACUCGAGAUAGAGCUCUACAACGUCACCAGCCAGCCCGUCAGUGCACCGACCUUCAAGCGCAAGUGGAUCGUUGAGAAGCCGUAUCUCGCCCGUCGUGGCGAUGAAGUCGAUCUGCGGGUCGGCGACGUCGUAACGCUCCUGAGUGUAUUCAACGACGGAUGGGGACACGCUCACAACGAGACAACAGACUCGAUCGGAACGAUUCCCAUGUCUGCCCUUGGCCCCAUCGGGCGGUCGCAAACGCCGUCGUUCAAGGGCGAGAUCGAGGAGCAGUCGCUCAUGUUCUGAGAGGCGCGCCUUCCCUGAUCCAUCUGUAUCGCCGCACUAUGCCGCCAUCUCGGCGUGGCACCGACUCCACAGCUUCGUCUCGUCGCCAAUGCACUGCUCUUUGCUGCUCC